AUAGGCAGUGCUGGCACACCCGUCACUUUUAAUGAAAACGGAGAUGCUCCUGGACGUUACGAUAUCUUCCAGUAUCAAAUAACCAACAAGAGCACAGAGUACAAAGUCAUCGGGCACUGGACCAAUCAACUUCAUCUAAAAGUGGAAGACAUGCAGUGGGGUAACAGAGAACACACUCACCCGGCAUCUGUCUGCAGCCUUCCCUGCAAGCCAGGGGAGAGGAAGAAAACAGUGAAAGGGGUCCCUUGCUGCUGGCACUGUGAACGCUGUGAAGGUUACAACUACCAGGUGGAUGAGCUCUCCUGUGAACUUUGCCCUCUGGAUCAGAGACCAAACAUCAACCGCACAGGCUGCCAGCUUAUCCCCAUCAUCAAAUUGGAGUGGCAUUCUCCCUGGGCCGUGGUGCCUGUGUUCAUUGCAAUACUGGGAAUCAUCGCCACCACCUUUGUGAUCGUGACCUUUGUCCGCUAUAAUGACACACCCAUCGUGAGGGCUUCGGGACGCGAACUUAGUUACGUGCUUCUGACAGGGAUUUUUCUCUGUUAUUCAAUCACCUUUCUAAUGAUUGCAGCACCAGAUACGAUCAUAUGCUCCUUCCGACGGAUCUUCCUGGGACUUGGCAUGUGUUUCAGCUAUGCAGCCCUUCUGACCAAAACAAACCGUAUCCAUCGAAUAUUUGAGCAGGGGAAGAAAUCCGUCACGGCGCCCAAGUUUAUUAGUCCGGCAUCCCAGCUGGUGAUCACCUUUAGCCUCAUCUCCAUCCAGCUCCUUGGAGUGUUUGUCUGGUUUGUUGUGGACCCCCCCCACAUCAUCAUUGACUAUGGAGAGCAGCGGACACUAGACCCAGAGAACGCCAGGGGAGUGCUCAAGUGUGACAUUUCUGAUCUCUCACUCAUUUGUUCUCUUGGAUAUAGUAUCCUCUUGAUGGUCACUUGUACUGUUUAUGCCAUUAAAACGAGAGGUGUCCCGGAGACUUUCAACGAAGCCAAACCUAUUGGAUUUACUAUGUAUACCACCUGCAUCAUUUGGUUAGCUUUCAUUCCCAUCUUUUUUGGUACAGCCCAGUCAGCAGAAAAGAUGUACAUCCAGACAACAACACUUACUGUCUCCAUGAGUUUAAGUGCUUCAGUGUCUCUGGGCAUGCUCUAUAUGCCCAAAGUUUAUAUUAUAAUUUUUCAUCCAGAGCAGAACGUUCAAAAACGCAAGAGGAGCUUCAAGGCUGUGGUGACAGCUGCUACCAUGCAAAGCAAACUGAUCCAAAAAGGAAAUGACAGACCAAAUGGCGAGGUGAAAAGUGAACUCUGUGAGAGUCUUGAAACCAACACUUCCUCUACCAAGACAACAUAUAUCAGCUACAGCAAUCAUUCAAUCUGAAACAGGGAAAUGAUACCGUCCGAAGAAACGUAGUAUGUGAUCUUAAGCAAUGAACAUGAGACUGCAAAAACUCACUCCUGAAGAUCUCCGUAGACUACAAUCAAUCAAAUCAAUAGUCAAUCUUGUAAGGAACAAAAAUUAGCCAUGAACCAAAAGUAUCAAUAAACGGGGAGUGACAAAACCCGUUUUAUACAAUACAACCAAUGAGUGUCAAGCUAAAAUAUUGCUUCCUCAUGAGCAGUUAAAAAAAAAAUCACAAAAGGAAAACUAAUGUUAGCUUGUGAAAAAAAAAUGCUGUUGAAAUAAACCAUGUCUGAUGUUAUUCUUGUAAGUAUUUUUCUGUGAUUGUGAGAACUCCUGUUCCUGUCCCACAUUGUUCAACUUGUAUAAGACAAUGAAUCUGUUUCUUGUAAUGGCUGACUGGAUUGAAGCCCUGGGUUGUGCUAAAAAUAAAUGCAAUGAUUGAUGCAUGCAAUUUUUUAUACAAAUAAUUUAUUUCUAAUAAUAAAGGAAUGUUUUGCAAAUGUU